AAGGGAAAAAGGUCUUCAAGGGUAUUUUUCUAGUCUUGCCUUGCCUUCUAGUCUUUACAACUGCCACCCAUUUCUUUGUUCAGCCGAGCUUUUUCUCUCUACCACUCUGAUUAGGUCCUUUUUUUCUUUAUGGGUUUUCGUUUUUUGGGUUUAAAUUAUUUAUAUUCAUGGUGUUUUCGACAAUUUUGGAGCGACACAUCGACCUUUUAAGGACUGUCGUUGAAGAGAGGUUCGGCGACUGCGCGAGUAACGGCUAGAAUUGAUGGGUCUGGCUGGGAGUAGGAGGAAGAGCGGAGAUCUACGUGUCCGGUGGAGGGUUUGAUUUUACGAAUUUGACAUUUGUUCGGAGUUCUGGUUCCGGACGGUUUGCUAUUUUUGGGGCUGAUCUGUUUGGUUUGCGUUGAAGAGUGUUCUUUUUUUUUUUUUGGAAUUUGAAGAAGAGAAGAAUAACAAUGUGGUGGAUGAUGAGUGAGAACGGGGGACAUUAUUGCUCGAAGAAGACCGAUGAUAUAUGCGGCGAUGUUUGUGGCCAGGAAUCAAGCAGAGGUUUGAGCAUGUCUAGAAUCCAAUGCAUCCUUCGUGGUAUGGAUUUAAAAACCUAUCUACUUCUAUUCGUUCUUAUCCCAACAUGCGUAUUUGGUAUUUAUUUACAUGGGCAAAAGAUCUCGUACUUCCUGCGUCCACUAUGGGAAAUGCCGCCCAAGCCAUUCCAUGAUAUCCCACACUACUAUCAUGAGAAUGUGUCAAUGGAGAACCUCUGUAGACUCCAUGGUUGGGGGAUCCGUGAGUACCCAAGGCAUGUUUAUGAUGCAGUGCUGUUCAGUAACGAGUUGGACAUUCUCACAUUAAGAUGGAAAGAACUGUAUCCAUACAUAACCCAGUUUGUUCUUCUUGAGUCUAAUUCAACAUUUACUGGGUUACCAAAGCCUCUUGUUUUUGCCGGCCACCGAGAAGAGUUCAAAUUUGUUGAGUCUAGGUUGACUUACGGAACUGUUGGUGGGAGAUUUAAGAAAGGAGAAAACCCUUUUGUUGAGGAGGCAUACCAGCGAGUGGCACUGGACCAGCUUCUCAAAAUAGCAGGAAUUUCUGAUGAUGACUUGCUGAUAAUGUCUGACGUGGAUGAGAUACCAAGCAGACAUACUAUCAAUCUUCUAAGAUGGUGUGAUGACAUACCGCAGGUCCUUCAUCUUCAGCUGAAGAAUUAUCUCUAUUCUUUUGAGUUUCUUGUUGAUAACAAUAGUUGGAGAGCUUCAGUACACAGAUACCAGACUGGUAAAACUAGGUAUGCGCAUUAUCGCCAGACAGAUGAUAUCUUGGCAGAUGCAGGGUGGCACUGUAGUUUUUGCUUUCGGCGCAUCAGUGAAUUCAUCUUUAAGAUGAAGGCUUACAGUCAUUUUGAUAGGGUGAGGUUCUCUCGUUACCUGAACCCUAAGAGAGUUCAAAGAGUCAUCUGCAAGGGGGCCGAUUUAUUUGACAUGCUUCCAGAGGAGUACACAUUUAAGGAAAUCAUUGGAAAGAUGGGACCGAUUCCUCAUUCAUUCUCAGCAGUUCACCUCCCAUCAUACCUUUUGGAGAAUGCAGAACAGCUUAAAUUUCUCUUGCCUGGAAACUGCAUAAGAGAAAGUGGGUGACUCUCAUUAUGCCUCCGCUGUAAAUUUCUAGUAAAGCUAGUUGAAGGCGAGCUUCUGUUUCUCCUUCCGAAGCAUUCAACUGAGCAAUUGAUGAGUACGGUGCGUCAUUGAUGCUGCUGCUCCUUCUGUCCAGCAAAAUCUAUAGAAUUCUUUGGAGAAUAUUUGCGGGGUUCGAGAAAUUCUUGGGUUUUGCUGGGUGAGUUUUUGUAUAUAACCCUUCUUCUAGAGUAGACAUUGUUCAGGAUGGGUCAUAUUUGUUGAAUAGGCAGGGGGAUUGCUGUGUUGGGAACAUAGCAAAUUCUUUGCAUCUAUUGAACACAUUUUUUAUAUGUUUUUGUUGGAACUACAUACACUUCUAUCUCUCAGUUAAAUAUUUCUUUUAACUGUU